GCGGGGCGGCUGGUGCUCUCACUUGCUUAGUCAUGGUGACUUACACCCCAUCUUCUUCUCCUCCUCCUUCUCCCGCCCUCCCCACCCGCAGCGGCGGCUGCCUGCACUAUGGAGGAACAGAGGAGGUGGGGCGCACAGCUGGACGGAGGUGGGGAAGGAGGCGGCGGCCGAAGCGGGCAUCGGGGGCAACCAUGGAGGGGUAUCAAGACUUCGCUGCAUGGCAGGCCUCUGUAGGAAGGCCCUCAGCUUAGCUGCCUCUGCUGGUGCCCCUGUUCUUUUCCUGCAUUCCUUCGUGCAAUGACCACAGGACUGCUUCUGUGAUGUAUGAUCCAGAGUGCAAGGCGGAGGUGACUCCUUCACACAAUGGCAGUCGCACCUUCAGCUACACCCUUGAGGAUCACACCAAACAAGCUUUUAACAUUAUGAAUCAGUUGCGCCUAAGUCAGCAACUUUGUGACGUCACCUUGCGGGUGAAAUAUAAGGACAUUCCCCCGGCCGACUUUCAGGCCCACAAGGUGGUGCUGGCCUCCUCCAGCCCAGUCUUCAAGGCCAUGUUCACCAUGGGCCUCCGGGAGCAGGGUAUGGAGAUAAUCCCCAUUGAGGGCAUCCACCCCAAAGUAAUGGAGCGCCUCAUUGAGUUUGCCUACACCGCCUCCAUUUCCGUGGGUGAGCAGUGUGUGCUGCAUGUUAUGAAUGGGGCCGUCAUGUACCAGAUAGACAGUGUGGUGAAGGCCUGCUGUGACUUUUUGGUGCAGCAGCUGGACCCCAGCAAUGCCAUUGGCAUCGCCAACUUCGCUGAACAGAUUGCCUGUACCGAACUGCACCAGCGGGCACGGGAAUAUAUCUACAUGCAUUUUGGAGAGGUGUCAAAGCAGGAGGAGUUCUUCAACCUUUCACAUUGCCAGCUGGUGACCCUGAUCAGCCGAGAUGAGCUGAACGUGCGCUGUGAGUCAGAAGUCUUCCAUGCUUGCAUUAACUGGGUGAAAUAUGACUGUGAGAACCGGCGCCUCUAUGUCCAGGCCUUGCUGAAAGCUGUGCGCUGCCAUUCCCUCACGCCACACUUUCUCCAAAUGCAGCUGCAGAAGUGUGAAAUCCUCAAGUCGGACUCCCGUUGCAAGGACUACUUGGCCAAGAUCUUCCAGGAUCUCACCCUGCACAAACCCACUAAUGACAUGCCCUGCCGUGCACCCAAGGUGGGUCAGCUGAUCUACACAGCAGGGGGCUACUUUCGCCACUCCCUGAGCUACCUGGAGGCUUACAAUCCUUCCGAUGGCUCCUGGAUCCGACUGGCUGACCUGCAGGUGCCUCGCAGCGGCUUGGCUGGCUGCGUAGUGAGCGGACUGUUCUAUGCAGUGGGGGGCAGGAACAACUCUCCCGAUGGCAACAUGGACUCGGAUGCCAUUGACUGCUAUAACCCCAUGACCAAUCGGUGGUCUCCCUGCGCCCCUAUGAGUGUGGCCCGUAACCGAAUUGGUGUGGGAGUAAUUGAUGGUAUGAUCUACGCGGUGGGCGGUUCAUUUGGGAGCACUCAUCACAACAGCGUGGAGAGGUACGAGCCGGAGCGUGAUGAAUGGCAGUCGGUAGCUCCUAUGCUGACGCGGCGGAUUGGGGUCGGCGUGGCUGUGCUGAACCGUCUCCUAUAUGCUGUGGGGGGCUAUGAUGGCACUAACCGCCACAACACCGCCGAAUGCUACUACCCAGAGCGCGAUGAAUGGGAGACAAUUGUGUCAAUGAAAACUAUUCGGAGUGGAGCAGGAGUUUGUGCUCUGAAUAACUGCAUAUAUGCCAUGGGAGGCUACGAUGGAACAAAUCAAUUGAACAGCGUGGAGCGCUAUGAUGUGGAGGUGGGCACCUGGUCCUUUGUGGCACCCAUGAAGCACCGUCGGAGUGCCCUCGGGGUCACUGUAUACCAAGGCAAGAUCUACGUGUUAGGUGGCUAUGAUGGACAAACAUUUCUGGACAGCGUUGAAUGUUACGAUUCCACUACAGAUACUUGGACCGAAGUAACUUGUAUGACAUCAGGCCGCAGUGGGGUAGGCGUUGCCAUUACCAUGGAGCCAUGCUGCAAACAAACUGAGCAGCAAAAAUGCCAUUGUUAAUGGUAACGUGGAAUGUGCUCCACUUCCCUUCAAAUGGAGAGGAGAAAAACAAAUGGGAGAAGAUUCAGUAUUAUAAAAUACCUGCUGCCAAGUUGUAUUCUGCCAGAAUAAAGGAAACGUGCCAAAAAGAUGAGAAAUGCUUUAAAUCCCAUUUGAACUGACCUUGAGGCAGCCAUGAAGAACAGCUUUUGCUCUGUGCUUUACAAGGGUAGCAGCUACAGUAAGUCUGUUGCCUCUCCAUGCUGCUCCUGCCUCAGUUUGGGAUGGAUGCGUCAGUGAAGAAGGAAACCUCUCUGGGACAACUACAGGAAAGCUCAAUUCACAGCGGCUGUCUCUUUUCUGGCCCCUGGCAGUGAAUGGACCUUCAGGAAAUGACCUCCAAAUCGGGAUGGGUGGAAGUAUUUUGUACAUAAUGCAGCCCUGAGCCCUCCUUAGAAAUGUGUAUUAUUCAUACAGUUUGGCGGCCAGUUCAAGGUUAAUUUUUUUGCUUGUCAAGUUUGUACAGGUGCAGGUGAGGAAAUGGGAAAAGUUGUGAGGCACUCUUCUGUGGUUGCUGAUCUGCAGGUAGAGUGCAUUCAGAAAGUAUUCAGAGUCAGACCUUCACUUUUGUCAAUUUUGUUAUGCUGCAGCCCAAUUCUACAAUGGUUGAAAUUCCUUUUUUCCCCUGAUUAAUCUACACUCAGUACUCCAUAAUGACCAAGUGAAAAGAAAAAAUUUAGAUGUUUGUAAAUUUAUUAAGAAUAAACUGAAAUAUCUCAUUGGCCUAAGUAUUCAGACACUUUACUCAGUACUUUAUUGAAGCACCUUUGGCAGCAAUUACAGCCUGUCUUUUUGGGUAUGCACACCUGGGUUGGGGGAUUUUCACACCUGGGUUGAAAAUUGGUUGAAAAUCAACUGGGUUGAUUGCACACCUGGGUUGGGGGAUUUUCUGCCAUUCUUCCUUGCAUUUUUCCUUCCUUCAAGUUCAGUCGGGUUGGAUGGUGACCAUUAGUGGACAGCCAUUUUCAGGUCCCUCCAGAGAUGUUCAAUAGGGUUCAAGACGGGGCUCUGGCUGGGCCACUCUAGGACAUUCACAGAGUUAUCCCUAAGCCACUCCUGUGUUGUCUUGGCUGUUGUUUAGGAUCAUUAUCAUGUUGGAAAGUGAACCUUUGGCCCAGUCUGAGGUCCUGAGCACUGUAGAACAGGUUUUCAUUGUACUUUGCUCCAUCUGGCUUUCCCUCAACUCUGAUCAGUCCCUGCUGUUGAAAAAACACCACCACAGCAUGAUGCUGCCAUUACCAUGCUUCACUGUUGGGAUGGGCAGAUGAUGAGCGUUGCUUGGUUUCCUCCAGACAUAACAUGUAGAAUUGAGGCUAAGCAAUUCAAUUUUGAUUUCAUCAGACCAGAAAACCUUGUUCCACGCAGUCGUGACAGUCCUUCAGAUGCUUUUGUGCAAACUCCAGAUGCUUUUGUGCAAACUUUUGUGUUUUGCACUGAGGCUAGCCGCUCUGCCAUAAAGCCCGUAUCGGUGGGGGGGUUUCUAGAACUUUGUCCCAUCUACACAUAGAAUCUCUGGAGCUCAGUCAGAGUGACCAUUGGAUUCUUGAUCGCCUCUCUUAAUAAUGCUCCCCCAAUUGCUCAGGUUGACCUGGGGACCAGCUCUUGGAAGAGUCCUGGUUGCGCCAAAUUUCUUUGAUUUGGAAAUGAUGGAGACCACUGUGAUCUUAGGAACCUUCAGUGCAGCAGAAAUUUUAUUAUAGUCUUCCCCAGAUCUGUGCCUUGCUAUAAUCCUGUCUCUGAGCUCUGUAGGCAGUAGUUCCUUUGACCUGAGGGCUUUUGCUGUGCUACAGUAUGCAUUGUCAGCUGCGAAAGCCUUCUAAGGAGAGGUGUGUGGCUUUCCAAAUCAUGUUCAAUUUAAUUUGCCAGAGGUGGACUCCAGUCAAGCUGUGGGAACAUGUCAGCAACCAUCGAGAGAAAUGGGAGGCACCGGAACUAAAUUUCAAGUGUUGUUGCUAAAGGUCUGAAUAUGAUAUGAAUAUGAAUAUAAAUGCAAAUGUGAUAUUUCGGGUUUUUUUUCUUUUUAAUAAAUUUCAGACAUUUCUAAAAUUCUGUUUUCACCGUCAUUAUGGAGUACUGAGUAUAGAUUAAUGAAAAAAAAUGAGUUUCAACUAUAUAAUCGGGCUGCAUCAUAACAAAAUUGACAAAAGGGUCUGAAUGCUUUCUGAAUGCGCUGUAAGUGAACACUGAUCACUACAACUUGAAAACCUCAGGUGGACCUUUGCCUAUGCUGCUUUUCUAUUACCCCACAAGGAAGGGCUUACCCAGAUGGCUACCUACGUUUUUCCCCCUGACCUGUGGAUGGUACAUCCUCUUAGGAAACUGGUUUUGAAGUUCUACUCACAUGAAUAAAACACUUUUUGUGAUUAGUA